CAGGCACUGCAUUCGGUUUUCUGGUCUGGCGCGCGACGAACGUUGUUUUGGGUCCCCACACUUUAGCCCAGCAACGACGACUCUCUCCACUUCAGCUCUAUUUUCAGGCCUAUCUGCACUCCAUUUCCAUCGAUCCCCUCGCACUUUGAACCACUCUAGGCACCAUGUUUAAGUCCCUGUUUGAUGCCGCGCAGAACUCAACGUUCAGGUCGCCCUUCACCAGCGUCAACUGCCAGGCUGCCACGCCUGCCUCUGUGCCCGCCCCCUCCGCCGUGGCAACUCCAGCCCUGAACGAUGUCUCUCCUCGCCAGCUGACUCCCAACCACAACAUCGCCGCCGCUGCUGCUGCCCAGGGUGAUUCCUGCGAGUUCGGCUCGAACCACUACUUCCUGCUGUGCGGUCUGGGCGGCAUCAUCUCGUGCGGCUCCACACACACAAUGGUGGUGCCCCUGGAUUUGGUCAAGUGCCGCCUGCAGGUGGACCCGGCCAAGUACAAGAGCGUGUUCAACGGUUUCCGCGUCAGCUUGGCGGAAGAGGGCGUUCGUGGUUUGGCCAAGGGCUGGGCCCCCACCUUCAUCGGCUACUCGAUGCAAGGUCUGUGCAAGUUUGGUCUGUAUGAGGUCUUCAAGGUAAUUUACGGAGACGCCAUCGGCGAGGAGAACGCCUUCCUGUACAGAACCGGACUCUACCUGGCCGCCUCGGCCUCUGCCGAAUUCUUUGCCGACAUUGCGCUGGCACCCAUGGAGGCGGCCAAGGUCAAGAUUCAGACCACUCCCGGUUUUGCCAAGACUCUGCGCGAGGCUCUGCCCAAGAUGACUGCCCAGGAGGGCGUGGCCGCCUUCUACAAGGGCCUGGUGCCAUUGUGGAUGCGACAGAUCCCCUACACCAUGAUGAAGUUCGCCUGCUUUGAGCGCACGCUGGAGCUGCUGUACAAGUAUGUGGUUCCCAAGCCCCGUGCCGACUGCACCAAGGGCGAGCAGCUUGUGGUGACCUUUGCCGCCGGUUACAUUGCCGGCGUCUUCUGCGCCAUUGUCUCGCAUCCCGCCGACACAGUGGUGUCCAAGCUUAACCAGGCCAAGGGCGCCAGCGCCCUGGAUGUGGCCAAGCAGCUUGGCUGGGCCGGACUCUGGGGAGGAUUGGUGCCUAGGAUCGUGAUGAUCGGUACCCUGACCGCUGCCCAGUGGUUCAUCUACGAUGCCGUGAAGGUUACCCUGCGCAUGCCACGCCCACCACCACCAGAAAUGCCCGAGUCGCUGAAGAAGAAGCUGGGAGUGACUGGCGAGCAAUAAGCCAAAUAUAAGUUAAUUGUUUUUAAAAAUAGAGCGAGCAGAAUAAUAAACGAAUUAACCUUGGA